UUGGGAUCGAUGUUUGACAUUAUAAAAAGAUGAUUGUACACAAAUUUUAGGUCAAAAUCUAUGUUAAAGGUAAGUUCAACUCAUAUUACAAUUCAAGUGAAGAGUUAAAUGACUUUGAUAGCUCCACAGCUUCUCUUGCAGUUUCGUCAGAAGCAUGUUUUCUUUUGUACUCGUCUAUGAACCAUUGGAGAUCAUGACUGACAGUAAGAUAGUAAUAAUAAGCAGCAUUCAUCAAAUUUCCAAGAGCUAUUCCUAUCCAAGGGCCUUGAUACUCCCAUCCUAGUGCAAAAGUUCAAUAAAACGAGAUUGGAAUUGCAAUGAACAGAUAAGAUACAAUAUUAAAAACUACAGUUUUCUCUUGUAUUCCAAGCCCAAUAAUAACUGAAAUGUUAGUUUCUUUUAAAAUAUAAAAUGCUAGAACCAACGAGUAAAUAUAAACCAUUUGGUUCAUUUUAUCUAAAACACUUUCCUUGAUAGUGUAAAGUGAGAAAAUAUAGCUUUUAAAAGUGUAGAGAAAUAUCAUUGAUGCACAAGAGAACAUUAGUCCAAAGAGGAACACUGAGUUUAUCAAUUUUUGAGCUCCUACUUUACUUCCUUGUCCAAUCUUAUUUCCUAUCAUUGAAGAUGAACUCAUACUAACACAAUAAGCAUACAAGAAUGUAAGAUACAGAAGAUUCACCAGAGAUGUGUUUGCAACAAGACACUCAAUGUCAAGAACUCCAGAGAGUAAGAUAAUUACUUCCACAGCAAUGAAAGAAAAUAAUUGGAGGAAGAAAGUUGGAACUCCUUUUGAUAAUCAACUUGCCCAACCUUGAAAUGCUUCUUUCCCCCAAGGCUGAAAUGCUUCUACUCCAUACCCCAAUCAGUGAACUACAAAAUAGAUUAUCAAGGUAUUAGUGGACGAUUGAAUAAUUACAGCCAUAGCCGCACCAGUUAGUCCUAAAUCAAGAUAAUGGAUUAGAAGAUAGCACCAGAAAAAGUGCAGCACCAGCGUUAUAAAAGGAAUAGAUAUCAAAGUAUAACUGGAAAAUGAAAGCAAACAUGGAAAUACGCACAUAGAACUGAGUAUUGUAUGCAAGCUCAUCCUCAAUACCAAAGAGUUUCAAGAAGGUUCCAAUAAAAGAUAGACAAAAGAAAAUGGGUAAUUC